AUGGAUUCAAGCACUUCACACAAUCCUGUGUUUAUAAUAUUUCCUCCAGAGGUCACUGUUUCCGAAUUUCACUCAAUGAAAAAUACAACCACAGACUAUGAGUCUACCAUGCCCUUUCCAAAAUUACUUACUACAAAAAUAAAAAUCUUUGGGACUAUCCAGAUUCUGCUUGGGGUGAUGAACUUUUCUUUUGGAGUAAUUUUCCUUUUCACCUUUGAAAAACCAUAUCCAAGGUUCCCCUUUAUAUUUGUUACAGGAUAUCCAUUCUGGAGCUCCAUUUUGUUCAUUUAUUCUGGAGCCUGCCUAGUUGCAUUGGAAAGAAGAUGCACAGAAACUCUGAUGAAGAUGAGCCGAACAAUGAACUGCUUUAGUGUUCUCGCAGCAGCAGCUGGGAUCAUUCUCCUUGUAUUUGGCUUCAGUUUGGAUCAAGACUACCUUUGUGGCUAUUCUGGACAAGUUAGUCAGUGCAAGGCUGUCAACACCUUAUUCAUUGGGAUCUUGAUUCUGUUGAUAGCCUUCAGCACUAUUGAACUACUCAUUGCUAUGUCUUUCUCGAUUUUGAGUAGAUCCUUUGACUGCUGUGAUUGUGAGGAAUGGUGUUGA